GUCAGUCUGCGUUCUGCUCAAGUUUACGCCGGUCUUGUUUUUAACUCUGAAUUCGGUCUGUGUUGUUCCACUUUUUUUUUACAAAUUGAAUAAAUUGUGUCAUACACGCUCGUCUCUUCUCAGCAUAAAUUGAGCAUUAAAUAAAUUUGUCAAAAAAAUAAAAAAAAAAAUGUCUCGAGCUCUAACAAAUUUAGGCAAAGCUGUUUUGCAGCAAAAGGCUUUCAAGGCACAACAAGCUGGCAUCAUUGCAGCCACCAACAAAAAAUAUUCCACUGACAAGCGAAUUCCCGUGAGCAAGCCCGUCGUCGAAAUGGACGGUGACGAAAUGACGCGCAUCAUCUGGCAAUUCAUCAAAGAAAAGCUCAUCUUCCCGUACGUCAACGUCGAAUGUCUGUACUACGACUUGGGUCUCCCGCAUCGCGAUCAAACAAACGAUCAAGUCACAAUCGAUGCCGCCCACGCAAUUCUCAAGCACAACGUCGGCAUCAAAUGCGCCACAAUUACGCCCGACGAGCAACGCGUCGAAGAAUUCAACCUGAAACGCAUGUGGCUCAGUCCGAACGGCACAAUUCGCAACAUUUUGGGCGGCACCGUGUUCCGCGAGCCCAUUUUGUGCAAAAACAUUCCGCGCCUGGUGCCCGGAUGGACCCAAAGUAUUAUCGUGGGACGUCAUGCGCACGGCGAUCAAUACAAGGCGCAAGAUUUUGUCAUCACGAAGCCAGGCACCGUGACGAUGGUUUACAAAGCCGAUGACGGCACGGAGCAGAAAUUCGAGUUGUUCAAGUACAAGGAUGGCGGCGUCGCGAUGGGCAUGUACAACACAGACGAGUCAAUUCGGUCUUUUGCUCAUGCUUCGUUCCAGUAUGCGUUGUCGAAAAAGUGGCCGUUGUACAUGUCGACGAAAAAUACGAUUUUGAAGCGGUAUGAUGGGCGUUUCAAGGACAUUUUCGCUGAGAUUUUCGAAGAAAAGUACAAGAAACAAUUCGAUGAGGCGAAAAUUUGGUAUGAACAUCGCUUGAUCGACGACAUGGUAGCUCAAGUACUCAAAAGUGCAGGCGGUUUCGUUUGGGCUUGCAAAAACUACGAUGGCGACGUGCAAUCUGACAUCAUCGCGCAAGGCUACGGAUCUCUCGGCAUGAUGACGUCUGUCUUAAUGUGUCCCGAUGGCAAAACUAUCGAAAGCGAAGCUGCUCACGGCACCGUAACGCGUCAUUAUCGCCAACAUCAACAAGGAAAAGCCACCUCAACUAAUCCCAUUGCUUCCAUUUUCGCGUGGACUCGCGGCUUGGAGCACCGCGCAAAACUCGACAACAACGCAGACUUGGCAAAAUUCUCCGUCGCUUUGGAACAAGCGUGCAUCGAUUGCGUGGAAUCCGGCAAAAUGACGAAAGAUUUGGCAGCUUGCAUUCACGGACUGCCGAACGUCAAGGAAGGCAUGUAUUUGAACACCGAAGACUUCCUCAAAGCGAUCGCUGAACAAUUGGAACGAUCAUGGAAGAAAUAAAUUUUUUGAAAUUUUGAACUGAUGAAAAAUUCCUAUUUUUGUACUCCAUAAAAAAAAUUGUCUGUCUAAAAAAAUAAUAAAAAAAGAUAUUUUAAUUACUCAAAA